GGCGCGGUAGGGGCGGCGCGCGCAGGCGCGGUGCGUGACGGGGCUCCAUGUCGCGGCGGGCCCUGCGGCGGCUGCGGGGCGAGCAGCGGGGCCAGGAGGAGCCGGGUCUGGGCGAGUUGGGCCUGGAUCCCGGCCCCGAGGGGGGACAGGAGGGUCUGCCGUCGGCCGCUUCCGGGAGGGCCCGUGCCGGCGUCAGCAACCGCUUCGAGCUGAUCACCGCUGAGGAGUCGGAGGAUGAGCUGCCGUCUAGAGAGGAACAAGGGGAUGCUCGGCUCAGUGAGCGGGAUGCAGCAGAAGGGAACAACAAAGGGGCUGUAACUGAAGAGUCUAAAGGCGAUGGGCAGAGACGUGGGGAGGAAGCAGAGCAGCCGGACCAAACGCCUAUGUUGAGUAACAAGCCACGAAAGAAAAAAAAGAAAAGGAAAACCAAGAAAACUUCAGCAGGGGAGACUCUGGAAGAUAACGACCUGGAAGACAUCGACAGCCUGCUGGAGAAGAUUGAGGAUACCAAUGGGCUAUUACAGCAGACCCAGAGCGGAAUAAUCACUGACAGCAGGCCUCUACUCUACAUAGAGCACAGAAACUUGAACCCAGAAAACGAGUUGAAGAGAUACUUUGGGGCUCGCGCUGUUCUUGGUGAUCAGAGGCAAAGGCAGCGCCAGUGUGUCCGCGGCACGUGGCUGACGACUCCCCAGAGCACCUGGCCACGCUACACCAGAACAGGUAUUGUCAUGGAGCUGGUGGACACCAAGGGGGGAGUGCAGUACUUCACGUUUGAGCACCAUCGCAAGUACCAGGAAGUGCAGUUGAAGUUCCUGGAAAAUGUAGAGACCAUGGACCCCAACAGUGUCGUGCCACUGCUUCAGGCGCUGGAACCGUACCAUGUGGACUCGCUUCUGCUGCUCAGCGACGUGUGCCGGAUGCAGGAAGAUCAGGAGAUGGCCCGUGAGCUCGUAGAGCAGGCGCUGUACAGCCUGGAGUGCUCCUUCCACCCUCUCUUCAGUCUCACCAGUGGGACCUGCAGGUUGGACUACCGGCGGCCAGAGAACAGGUCUUUCUUCCUGGCUCUCUUCAAGCACCUGAUGUUGCUGGAGAAGAGAGGCUGUCCCCGGACAGCCCUGGAGUUCUGCAAGUUGAUUCUGAGCCUUGAUCCAGAGAACGACCCACUGUGUGUGCUGCUGCUGAUCGAUUUUCUCUCCCUCCGAGCUAGAGAAUACACCUUCCUGACCCGCAUGUUCCAGGAGGUGGAGAGUCACCGGAAUUUGUCCCAGCUCCCCAAUUUUGCCUUCUCGGUGCCGCUGGCCUAUUUCUUCCUGAGCCAGCAGGAGGAGCGCUCGGAGCUGGAGCAAAGCCAAGCCCGGGAGAAAGCUGCCCGGCUCAUCCAGCUCGCGUUGAUCAUGUUCCCAAGCGAGACCAAAACGCAGCAUAACCCCCAGCAGCACGCUCGCACCCUCCUUGCAUGGGUCCUCCUUCAGCGCCCCGGUGGGGGCCCACCUCUGGGAUGGGGCUGUCUCUCUGCAGCCCUGGCAGUGGUGAGCGGCCACACCACGGUGCUCCUUGCCGGGCUAUUGAAAGCGAGCUGUCUGACUUUCUCCUGCAGUUCUUAUGCCGUUGUUGGAUCACUGCAGUGUGCAGCCCGAUGCCAGGGUCGCGUCCCAUUCCUUUUUCGGGCUGAAUGCUCAGAUAAGGUAAGCCCUGGAGAUGUUCUCGGUAAAGAGAAGGAAUCGAUUUUGCCAGUAGUGGGGCUUUUGCUUGCUAAUGGACUUACAAAGCUGCGGAGGAGAAUAUUUGUUUUUCCUGAGUAGGCUGUUAGAUGCUUUGAUAAUGGAUUUCCAUAAUGGCCACCAGAUAAAGCUAAUAGAGCUGCCUCACCUUAAUGUGGAUGGGUCAGAAGUUCAUACUGCAGCCUGUCGGUACAUGUAGUAAGAGAGAACCGCAUGUGCGUACUCUCAGGGCAGGCUGUCUCCUACCAGUCUGGAUUUCCCUGACACGUGGUCCUCCUGAACACAUGAAUGGUCUCCCCCUCGGGUCAAGGCAGCGUUAACUUUCGUCUCAUGGCUCUGCUUAUCCCAGAAAUAGAUGGAGGCAGAAAAACUGGUGAAGGUAGAUGGAAAUAGCAAAGCAAAGCAGGGAGCCUGCGAUUCCUCUCUUUGUGUUCUCACGCCGAAGCACAGUGCAGAGACGAGCCCUUGCCAGCCAGCACAGGGACCUGCAGGCGGGAAGGAGGAGAGUGCCCUGAAUAACAACUGUCUCCUGUAGUCAGCCUCCCGCCUUGAACCAGCUGACGUCCCUCUACGUGGGAAGGACUCACUC